AUCACGUCCUGCUCGCUCGAAGGGGAGCAGACGGUUGCCGAGAUCAAGCAUCAGUGCGGCCCUGGACUCUCACGCCAUUGAAGGACGGCAAAUGGGCGAAGCGCCCAUGUUUGGUCAUGACAAAUGACCAGAUGACCAUGUUUCAUGAAACAGCGGGCACCGCGUUGUUAUAUACACGAGCGCGUCGUCUUAUCGUCCGGGUUUCUUCUCUCGACCUCCACCAUGAAGUGUCGCUCACGCUUGUCGUUGCUUCCGCCGCUCUUGGUGCAGUCCUUCUUCUGGGUUCCGGCAUGGGCGCAGGGAGCCAAGAUUUUUCAAUGGCAGUUUACGAACAACGCCAUCUCGCAGAACCUACCGUCCUGCCAGUCCUUCGACAUCACUAUCAAGUCGUACAACACUAGCGAGGAUCACAUGGGCGUCGGGCCGUACUACAUGCUCGCGUUCCCCAUAGGUGGGACGCCCACCGUGCAGCACAUCGGCGACAACAUAAGCGACCUCAGCUGGACCGUCGACCAGCCGCCAGACUCGCAACUCUUCCUGUCCGUGAUCGAUUCAAAUGACACAGCCGGCGGCGUGCCGCCACGCCUAUACAACGUUGUGACCGGGCAGUCGACUUCUUGCAUUCAGGACCAGGAUAACAACUUCACGGUGUCCGCCAACGUCACGGACGAAAUCGAGACGUGCCAGCCCUGGGGCCUCCGCAUCAAUGGCGGCACACCACCGUAUAACGUGUCCUUCAUGGCGAUCAAUAGUCUCUAUGUCACGAACGUGACGUUGGGCCCGGUGGACGAUGCGUUUACAUAUAUCGACCGCGCAGACCCAGGGUCGCAACUUAUUGCUGGCGUUUCGGAUUUGCAAGGACGCUGGGCCCACGGCUCGCCAGCAGUGCGGACAACAGGCAGCUCGGACGUGUCCUGCGUCGGCCUCGUGAGCGGUGGAGGAACUCAAGCAGAGCUCGAUCAAGAGGAGAAGGAUCGCGAACAAGCGGAGCGUGACAAGGAGCACAAACGCACCGCGACUAUCCUGGGAUGUGUACUCGGUCUCGGCAUACCGCUGCUUCUAGGCAUCGCCGGCUUCUUCUGGUGGCGAAGGCGUAGAAACGGCGGCGCGGGCGGUGCCGUUCUCGACAGCCCGAAUCUCGCCCCCACCGCGUACUACGACAGCCCGCGGCAGACCACGCAAACGAGCCCGACGGUCACGGUUGGCGCGAACAAGUCGCACGGCUCGCUCGGUCACGGCUACACCAACAACUCGCAGAUGUACAGCCCGGACUCGACGGCGAGCGGCGCGUCGCGGUUCAACGAGCACGGCAUUGCGCCGCACGACGCGUACGCACAGAGCCAGGGCCAGACGACGCAUGAGCAGACCAGCAACGCGGGUUCCUCGCACCCCGGGCGCAACAGCGGCGGCACGGACCCCGCGGCGUUCCCCGGCUUCACGUCCUACUCGAACAGCCGGCGUUCGGCGAAGGCGGCGGAGGCUGCCUUGCACGCGGGCGGCGGGGAGGAGAUGAGCGCGUACCACCCCUCGACGUCGCGCCAGCUGCCGCCGGAGCCCAACCCGGGCGCGUACCCGAUGGCGCCCCUGGGCGCUGCGGGCGCGCCGGGGGCGGACGGGCACCCCGCGGACGAGGUCAUCUUCCAGCAUCGCGACGCUGGCCCUAGUCAGCCCAUCGUGCGCGAGCUCCCGCCGCCGUACAUCGACCGAAGCGACGAUAACCCACACCAGGCAUGAGUCGCCAGCUGGCUUCCCUUCCCGCACAUUGACUUUCUUCGCUUCUCCUCUAACCUGUACUCACCCGCCCACUCAUCCGCCAACCUACGCACCCUCCGUCCUACCCUUCCAACGACCGCCACGACCGUUGACGAGCCGGCCCGCCCGCCCACGACCGUUGACGCGCGCGCCUCGUCCGCCGCGCACCCCUGCGCGCCGGAUCUCGCGUCUGCACCUCACCUGCACCCGCCGCGUUAUGCACCUGUGUACGAGUUAUGUACCCUCCUGCGUACGGCCUUAUUUAUCCCUCGCGCUGUCGGCCCCCUGCCCCCUUCUUCGACAGACGAGGAUACUCUACCUUCCCGCUUCUAUUGACGGCCGUGUCGGUGCCGCUCGUUUGUAUCUCCUCUUGGAAUUGAGACCUUUGUUGAAUCCGGCUCGGUCGGUCGGUGGACGGCGCGCAACUGGUCGAACAACGGCGAAAUCAUCACUCCUCGUCGCUGUUGGCCUCGUCACUGUUGGUGCAUGGUCGGCUGAUGGUCAUCGUCGGUCGGUCAAAAAACGCAAUGAGCCCCCCUCGACUCGCAAUCGGAUUCGGAGAACUCCUGGUUUGAGGCUUCUGUUAUACCGUCGGCCAAUUGACUUUCUUCCAUUUUAUAUUCGGGGUAUGGACGUCGGACUUUGCUUUGUUGUUCUCAGUAGUCUCGCAUGGCAGACACUCUUUCACUCUCGUUAUCCGUCGUGGCUGGACUCGGCCAGCUCAUGUACUUAUGUAUUAUCAGGCGAGGCGAAUAAUAUAUAGCACCUCUCUGCACAAGGGCUCGGCGCUGUGUGAGCGAGUCGGGCAAGCCGUGCGGCUGCAGUAAGUUGAGCUAUAGAUACAGUCGGUAGAUGAGGAGGUAUGAGAGCGUAUGUGCCAUGAACCGUGAACGAGCUGCGUCUUGUACGCCGGCGCAGAAGCAGCAGACGGCGGCGCCCUCAUGUGAUCUUCCACUUCUCCAUCGUUGCGCUGACCAGGCGCGUCAUUUCCUUCCGCGCCUCGCGCUUCGCGCUGUUCGUGAUGCCCUCCAGCGCCUCCAGAUCGCUUGGUGAGUUCAUGAGCGGGUCGAACUCAAGCACGUGGCCGUCCGUUGUUGCGAGCGUGAUGACGGAACGUGUCCGUGUUAGACGAGGUGUGGUAGUGGGCACAGUCGAGGGGUCCAGCAGCGUCGUGGUUGCCUGCGAAGUAGCAGCAGUAUUCUUUCCUGCCGGCGCAGUGACAUCUGUCUGCGAAUUGGAGCGCGAAUGGGUAGGAUCGGCGCGGAUGAGGAUGUUGCUCUUGACGCGCUUGAGGGUGCGCGUGCCAGAGGGCGGUGGCAUUGCGUCCGGCGCGCCUGAGCGGCUGGUGCUACCGGGGUAGAGCGGGGUCUUCGGGGGGAGGUUGAGAGUGGGGUUAAAUGUCGAGCUGGAGGGCACGCGCUGCUUGCUAUACAACGAUGGUUUCGAGGGUGAGGGGUUUCGUGCGGGGACGAAUGGUGGCUUGUGCGGGGUGGCGUGGCGCAUCGGCGUCCUGCGCACGUUGGACGGUGGCGGCUUCUUGACGGGGGAAUGGAGGCGCGCGUUCUUGCGCGCUUCAUUAUCCUCCUCGACCCACUUCCGCUUCUUGUUCAGCUCCUCGCGCUCGCGCCCUCCGACUUCCUGCAGGCGCUCCAUAGGCCCGCCGAUCGUUGCGGCCUGCAUGUCGCCGUUGUACUUGUCGCGAAGCUCGCGCAGGGUCAUGUUCCGGACGUGCUUUGGUAUCCGGCCAAUGAGAUUCUCCUGGUGCUGUCGGAACUGGUCUAUGCUGAGCUGCAGCCAUCGCCUCAUCUCUUCCGUUCGCUGCUCGACUUCGAACUCAAAGUUCUCGAUUACUAUUUGCUUGUUGAUCUGUUCGGUAUAAUCACCCAUGGCAUUGUAAGUGUCUAUGGGAGGUAGGUGGUGGGCUAUUGCAGUUGACAUCGUGACCGACGUUGCGCAACGUAGGAGGCGG